CUGAAGGUGACCGUUAGCUGCUGUUAGCUGUUACUAUAACAGCUAUAACACUGAACUUAAAAACAUUUUCUUUUUCACUUUAAAGCUUUAGUCUGAACUGUUGUUGAAGUCGGAGCCGCACAAACCGGAGACACGUUGACCGCUCGCAGGUGAACAGGAUUUGGCUCAGCUGUGUUUCUCCAAUCAUCAACGUUCAGAAGGAUGAAUGAGGGAAACAGGAAGCUGAUGGAUUCAUCAAAACCAGGCAGGUUUUACCUGAGAAGCACCUCAGCAGUUUCUCUCCAUGAGCGCUUCUCUCAGGUGGUGGCGGACCAGCUGACCCGGUCCAGGAUGAGGACCUUUGACCCUGUCCUGCUGCAUCAGAGGAGGAGGCAUGGCCUCCCGAAGGUGGUGCUGCUGGUGAGGAGAGGGAGGUCAUCGCUGCUCCACCUGCAGACCCGUGACUCGUCUGUGGGGGUGAGGCAGCAUCUGAGGAGAGGGAGCGUCUGGACUCGACUCGGCUGGCAGCGGGGGACUCGCCGCCUCCCGGCCUCCAGACCUCGAGGCUUCUGGAGCUUUAUGAACAAGUACAGACGGAGACGCAGCUCCACCCCCACCUACAGGGGACAAGGUAACCUUCACAGUCGACUCGGUCAGCGUCUCCUUAGGACGAGAAACAUUCAGAAACUGACUACAGGACGGACACACCUGCAGAGGGGCGGGGCCACCGCCUACAGGAGGAAGGAACACGUACCAACCAAGAAGCAGCUGGACGCACAGCUGGACGAGUACAUGUCCAUGUCCAGGAGCCGAUUGGACAAAGAGCUGGACGACUACAUGGCGAUGGCCGGGGAGACUCACUGGGAAUGAUUGGGGGGGGGGGGUCCAGCUCAUUUUUUCUACCAGUUUGAUUAAGUGACUUUAUUUGAUGAAGCAGCCCGAUGAAUGUUGAUGAAUGUUUAGUUUGAUGAUCAAUGGAUUUGAUCGGUGUGUCUCUCAGGUGAGUCACAGGUGUGUUGAAGCAGGAAGUGGUUGUGUUGCAUUCAGUGUUUAUCAGUUAGUCAGAGUUUUACCUGGAUGGAAGCUUCUGUUUGAUUUGUUCACCUGUUUCUGUUGGGCCGUGUGUACAUAACUGACCUCUCUCUGUGUUGGAACUUGUAGGUCUGAUUAUGUUACUGAGGCUCCACUUUAGUUGGCAGAAUUUAAAACAAUAUAUUUUAAUAAAGAUGUUACCUGCUGA